AUGAGGGCAGCUCUACGGCUCUUGGCCAGCGUCAAGCCAGGCCAAUUUCUCGAGGUUGGCGCACCCACGGGUCUCUGCGGCCUCCUCACGCACCCAUCGCCGCGCUCCGCAUUGCUCUACCACUACACCUCCACGCUGGACAAGCUCAAGCAGAUACCAGAGUCGUCUGUGUACCGCCAAUCCACCGAAGCGCUCACCAAGCACCGUCUGCAAAUCAUCGAGAAAUCCGAACCGCAGGGCUGGAAGGAAUGGCAGGACAGGGUCAGGAUGCUGAUUGACGAGGACAUCACCAACUACAGCAUCAUAGAGACCUCAUCGGGACAGACGGUCGUCCUCAAGUCACAACGAGAAGUUGAUGAGCGGGACAAGGCGGCCGAAUGGGAUGGAGAGAAGGUGCGAACCUUCCCCGAGGGCAUCAGGACCGUCAAGGAGCGCCAGGCCGAUGUGAAGCGGAUGAAAGGCGACGCUACCUACACACCCGAGCGAGCCAUUUCCACUGCUAAGAUUCCUCCUGAGCCACAAUACACCGCCGAAGCCAUCUCAGACUUGGAAAGCCAACUUGGCGCCGGUCUCCUCGAGGAGGUCAUACAGGUCGCUGAGGGCGAGCACAAGCUUGUCGACACCAUGAUUGCAGCUAAGGUUUGGGAGCCACUAGUCGAGGAAGCCCCGCUCGCGCAGUGGGAGUACCAUGAGCGUGCCACUCACACUAAAACUCAGAAGCCAUAG